AGAGGGAGGAGGGAGCAGGGGGCUGAGCUGAUCCCACGUGUGACGCUUUCAUUCCCGGCUCAGUAAUAUUCUCAUAGCGGGGCUUUGCAUAUCUCCUGCCCGUAUCUGUGUGUGUCUGUCACUGUUACUGUAGUCCCAGCCUAUAGUUUGAAAUAGAUAUGGAAGGAGACGGGAUUCAAGCCACAUCCGGAAGCCUAAACGACUCACAACAUGACCCGGGUAAAAUGUUUAUCGGUGGCCUCAGCUGGCAAACCUCACCAGACAGCCUUAGAGACUAUUUUAGUAAAUUCGGAGAAAUAAGAGAAUGUAUGGUGAUGAGAGACCCCACGACAAAACGCUCAAGAGGAUUUGGGUUUGUUACGUUUACAGAUGCUGCCAGUGUAGAUAAAGUCUUGGCUCAACAACACCACGAAUUAGACUCAAAGACGAUUGAUCCUAAGGUUGCCUUUCCACGUCGCGCCCAGCCUAAGGUAAGAAUAAAUUGGUCACUAACCCCGCUCAAAGAAAAUGAUUAUGUCUCAUGUCACCGGCUUACCUAAUUUUGUGUGCUCACA